AUGCUCAAACACACUUCACACAUCUUUUCGUCGUCUUCGUCGUUGUUGCUGCAGAGCAAUUUGACUAAAAACGUUUCGACUCACAUCCGAUCCAAUGCCAAGAUUGCAUCCAAUUUGCAAAUACAAAAUUAUCAGAUUAGAGGAUUCAAGUCUUUUCGAUUUUCCGAACAACAUCAUGUAAAUAACAACUGUCCUACGAGUUUGAAUUUGCAGUUUAAUCGGAAUGCAUCACACCUACAAUCACCACUGAGUCUCCACCACAACUCUGAUGGCGGACUAGUAGUCAUGAAGAGAUCCUAUCACACCAAUAUGAAUCCAAACUUUGGUGGCAGUGGUGGAAUGAGUGGAAAGAUGCCAUGGGAAACUACCUUUGAAAAGGGAGAAGCAUUGAAAAAGUUCGGAAUUGAUCUGACUGAAGAAGCUCGGAAAGGAAAAUUGUAUCCAAUCAUUGGACGUGAUGAUGUCAUUCGAAGAACCAUUCAGGUGUUGUCACGUCAAACAAAGAACAAUCCAGUGAUCAUUGGUUUACCUGGUGUUGGUAAGACAGCCGUCGUUGAAGGACUAGCUCAAAGAAUUGUGAAAGGAGAAGUUCCAGAUUCCAUUAAGAAAAAGAGAUUGAUUGCACUUGACUUGGCAGCAGUUAUUGCUGGUUCAAAAUUUAGAGGUGAAUUCGAAGAAAGAGUUCAAGCCAUUCUCAAAGACAUUCGAGAAUAUGAAGGUGAAAUUAUUUUAUUUAUUGAUGAAAUUCACAUGAUUGUGAAUGCUGGAAAUGCACAAGGUUCAGUGGACUUGUCGAACAUGUUAAAACCUGCUCUUGCAAGAGGAGAGUUGCACUGUAUUGGUGCUACCACUUUGGAUGAAUACAGAGUUCAUAUUGAAAAGACAAGGCACUCGCUCGUCGUUUCGAACAAGUACUUUUGA